GGGAGGGGAGAGGAGCGAGAGUGCAGCAGCUGAGUGUGCAAACAGAGGCAGAAACAUUAGGUUAUCUCCUGAUACCAUCAUCAGACGCCGAGCUGUCACUUUUACCGCUAAGAGCCAAGUCCGCUCUCCUCUCAGAGGUCAUUCAGCAGUAACAGGAGCGACAGCAGCAGCAAGCAGGAGGAGCAGCACCCAGGUCUGGUUCGCUUUGCUCCAGCAGCUGCCUGCGAGAAAACUCCCCGAACGCGGUCGUCUCAGCUGGCAUGAGAUAACCUCCGAGUCCGACAUGGAAACUAAACCGUUCUUGUCAUUGGGGUUUUUGAAGCCCCAGUGCUCAUUGGCUUCUCCCAUGCAGCGAGGUCGUUCGUCCGAGGCGUGUUCAUGUUUCAGCGGUGUUUGUCACCUACAUCAGCGUCGCCUGUCCUCAGAUUCUUCAGGACACUUGACCUCCUCGCCCUUAGGCUCGCCUACUUCCCAUCGUGGAAUGCACCCAUCCUUGCUGAGCCCCACCUCCAUGGGGCCCUCUGGCUCUCUCCAUUCUCCGAUCAGCACCUUGAGUUCGCCAAUGAACGGCCUCACCUCACCCUUCUCAGUCAUUAGCUCACCCAUGGGGCCACACUCCAUGAACUCACCUGGCAUGGGUUACGGCCCCAGCAUCAGCCCUCAGCUGAACUCUCCGAUGAACUCGGUCAGCAGCACAGAGGACAUCAAGCCCCCGCUGGGGCUCAAUGGCGUGAUGAAGGUGCCCGCUCAGCCCUCGGGCACGGCCCUGUCCCUUACUAAACACAUCUGCGCCAUCUGCGGUGACCGCUCCUCAGGAAAACACUAUGGUGUCUACAGUUGUGAAGGUUGCAAAGGUUUCUUCAAAAGGACUGUGCGCAAGGACUUGACCUACACCUGCCGUGACAACAAGGACUGUGUUAUCGAUAAACGACAGAGGAACCGCUGUCAGUACUGCCGCUACCAGAAAUGCUUGGCGAUGGGCAUGAAGAGAGAAGUUUUGUUACAUGCAGCCGUCCAGGAGGAGCGACAGCGAGCCAAGGAAAAGAACGAAAACGAGGUGGAGUCUACAAGCUGCGUGAACGAGGACAUGCCCGUGGAGAAGAUCCUGGAGGCCGAGGAGGCAGUGGAGCCCAAAACCGAGACCUACAUCGAGACCAACCUUGGCAUGUCAUCCAACUCGCCUAACGACCCGGUGACAAAUAUCUGUCAAGCAGCAGACAAACAGCUCUUUACUCUGGUGGAGUGGGCCAAGAGGAUUCCCCACUUCUCAGAGCUGCCACUGGAUGACCAGGUCAUUUUGCUACGAGCAGGUUGGAAUGAACUCCUCAUUGCAUCAUUUUCACACCGUUCCAUCACGGUAAAGGACGGGAUUCUGUUGGCAACAGGACUGCACGUGCAUCGCAACAGCGCCCAUAGUGCCGGAGUGGGAGCCAUCUUUGAUAGAGUGCUCACAGAGCUGGUGUCAAAGAUGAGAGACAUGCAGAUGGAUAAGACUGAGCUGGGAUGCCUCCGAGCCAUCGUCCUUUUCAACCCAGACUCUAAAGGUUUGUCCAACCCAGGUGAGGUGGAAGCUCUAAGAGAGAAAGUUUACGCAUCUUUAGAGGCUUACUGCAAACAGAAGUACCCCGAGCAGCCGGGCAGGUUUGCCAAGCUGUUGCUACGGUUACCAGCGCUGCGCUCCAUCGGGCUCAAGUGUUUGGAGCACCUUUUCUUCUUCAAGCUGAUUGGCGACACACCCAUUGACACCUUCCUCAUGGAGAUGCUAGAAGCCCCUCAUCAAAUGACAUAAUAGGAGUGAGCUCUCCUGGUCCUCAACCUCAUAAACCCCCCACUCAAAACCCCGAACAUGCAUCACCCCAGCUGCCUUGGAUCAAGAGCAUCUCUACAAAGGGGCAGAUUUUUAUAAAAAAACAGACAUCUCCCUUCCUACUUUAGUCCCACCAUCCAUCAUUUCUGUUCACCAACUCUCUAAAGUGUUUUGAAACAUGGAAUCCAUCAUGCUUAUGGGUCUCUUUUAUACUUUGUAAAAUAUAUAAAUAAGAAAAAUAUCUAUGUAUAUAAAAAUAAAAACAUCAACGUGAGUGACGAGACUCGACUGAAAUGGGGGCGACGACAUAAACAUACUGAGCCAUGGUUUUCGUUGUACCCCCCUGGAUAACAAAACAGCAGAGAUGAUCAGAGUUUUUUAAUGCCCACAGUACUCACCAAAACCACGACGAUGUCACAAGUGUUGUGAUCUGGACAAUCGUAGAUUCUCUGGAACCUCGGGGACGUUUAAUCUUGGAUCUGAUUCUGCUUUUGCUUUUCAGUUUUGGAAAAAAAACAACACAUCAACGCAAAGAAACUUGUCUAUUCAAUCUGACUGAACACGUCAGUUCUUGCACUAGGUGUUUAUUUUUUGGAAGAGUGAGCUUGCGGGAGUUCUUGUUAAGAAGUAGCUUAACAAAAAUGCAAGUUCUCACAAACCUCAGGUCUCUGGCCAAUUCCAACAGACCCUACCAAGUCUUACUGUACCAGCACUGUGCAGCAUUAAAGAAGGAUGUCUUAGCAGUCCACAAAUGAACCCUCAAGUACUCAGAAUGAGUUUGAAGAUGCUGUUCAGUACAAUCUGUGUAACUCUCUGUGCCCAUAAACUGAUGUAAAUUAGCUUUAUGCGACAUGAGCAUCUCUGGAUGCUCCAGGAGGCCUCCGGCAGGUGUAGAGACAACUCAUGUCAAUGUUUUUCAGACAUUUCUUUGCCUCAACGCUCAGUCCCACACGAGAGGAAAUGUCAUUGUUCUGUCAGACUCUUCUGCCAAGCAGACACACCUCCAAACUCAGAAAUCCCUCUGCUCAUUGCAGUAAGCAUCACUUUUUUUUUUCAUCAUCACCUCAUAUCUACCUGUACUGAAAGCUGCAACAGUGUUGACCUUAUUUUCAGCAAUGCACAAAUACCUCUGUUUCCACACACACAUGCAGCUUUAGAGUAUACAGGAGAAGCUCUUGUUUGUUGGGGCAGAGCCAUUAUUUGUUUGUUACUUGGCACUUAACCUCAUGACAGUAUAGUUGGGUUUCUAAAUGGAGAGCGGAUGUUGAUGUGAUCGACCUCUGCGGCAGAGUUUGGCACUCACUCGAAAACGCCUCAGUACUUUUACUCCUUAAAAGAACACACACAUUCACUCUGUGCACUUCUCUGGACAACCAAGUGACAUUUAAGUUGAACUGAAAUGUUAAAAAUCUUUACAUGUAAAUGUGUUUUGUGUCUGUAUUCUUUUAGUGUUUUCCUGAUUUUCUCUACAUGCUGCAGCUGCUGCAGAACUAUGCAUAGUGUUCAUUUCCAAAGACUGUCCACAGAGCGGCGUAAGGAGUACAUGUUUGUGAGGUUUUCAGAUAUUGAUAGUCACUUUGGUUUAACCACCUUCAGAUAAACUAAAUAAAUUGGUAGCGGAAACCAUUAGCUGAAAAGAUUAGCUUAAACCAUUAGCGGCUCAAAGUAUUUGCUGAGAUCUUUAGAUAAUGGUGCAUUCCAUUUGUACUUAGAAGUAAAAUUUCCCAAGUUAACAGUUGGAAAAAUUAGCUAAAAGACUACAAAGUCAAGCUUAAAAUUCAGUAUGGCUGUUGGUUACAUAAUCGGUAUGGAUACCUCCAGUAAGUCAACCAUGAAUUGCAGUAUUGAACAACAUCUGGCAGUGUUUGAAAUGCUGAGAAAAACAUUGUUUUUGGCUUGUAUUGUUACUUGUAACCACAUUGGUUUUAGACUUAUACAAUUAGCAAAUCCUUCUGAUUUUUGACUCCUUAUUAGGAAAAGGUUGUUGGGACUGCUACCACUUUGAGGGCCAAGUUUGGACUUCCCUGAGAAAUGGAACAGAGCCUAAAACCACUUGCCAAAACCAUUUGCUAAAAUGUCAAAUGUAUUAGCUAACGGUACAUCCAAUUUGUACUUGGAAGCUGGAAUUUAUAAAGCUAGCUUGGUCGUGUAGCGAAAAAAUACAUAUAUCCCACUGGUUUCUAACUUGAAACUGCAACCGUUAAGUUACGGGUGACAUCAUUCGUACCUUAUAAGUUUUGACUUCCAAGGGAAAUGGAGCACAGCAUAAAUCGACUAGCUAAACUAAGGGUUAGUUUAAACAAUUUGCCUUAAAUGUUAGCUAAUGGGACAUCAUAUUUGUACUAGAAAUAUAGAAUUUCUGAAUUUCUAGUUGGAAAAUUAAUAGACACACAGGAAAGCUUAGAAUUCUGCCCUGGAAAGUCUGAGGUUUCUCAUCAACCCCAACCUCAAAAUCCAUUAUGGCUGCCACCUACAUAACCAGCGGUAAUAGCUCCUUUAAUAAACUGUUGAUUUUGCACAUUCCGAUAUUUUUUCUCCCGUAAAAUCAGUCGUCAGUGGUAGGGCUGUAAGGAGAUCUUGUCAUACGAGAUCUCAUGAUAUUAAAACAUCACGAUAUUUCUUGUUGCGGUGACUACUAUCUUGCACUAGCCAGUUGCGGUCAGAAUGGCUUCUCCUGAUGAAGUUGUAAAAGAAGAUGCCCCAACUAAUCUUUAACCUUUGUUUGGCAACAUUUUGGGUUUCCAGUCAAAUUAUACAUUGUGUGUUUAACUAUAGAAUGUUUGGGCUUGAGCCUAAAAAAUUCUCAAAUCCCACUUAGUUUUUAAAACUGUAACUGGCAUACGUUUGAAAGUGCCGUAAUUUUCGCAUCCCGUGUCUGACUUCCUCGUUGAAUAGAACUUUGAGAAGCCACAACCGUUAGCUUUAAGUCAGUUGGUUAGUUAGGGCUGAUACCCUGCUCACAUCCACUAAAGUUCCAAUUUUGAGGUAAACACCAGGCACCAUAAAUCUAACAGCUAAAACUUUAGAAAUGUUGUAUUGUAAUUCUUGCAAACUUUGCAGCACCUAAUAUACCUGACACUCAGGAAAUGGGAAACAAAAAUCAGAACAAUUUUUAUCAACUGUUGAAUGAAUGCUAUUUAUAGCAUUUUACGAUAAGCAAAAGCAAUGUGUGUAUAAAGGCCCUAUUGGUAUUUUGCCCUGCCUGGGUUGGUACUAAGCAGUCUGGUUCAAAAUAGACAUCUUAUUUAAGACUAUAUGGGUUUGACCAAAUACAGCCCAUGUCAGCAACACCCUAUGUGAGUCUCAUCUGGGUCUCAGAUGAGUACUUAAAAAAUCAGUUCAAACUGAUUAACACAUCUUUCCCUGCAUUAAAUCUAUGUUGGCAAUUAACAUUAGGUUUUUUUGUAACCCAGGGACAAUCCUUUUAGGUGCCCAUUUUCCAGAUCUUUACCUACCCACGUGGAUGCUGACUGGGUCAGCUCAUCACUAUUUCCUGUUCCCUCUUCAUUCACCAGAAUCUAUAAUGGUAAAAUUAAAAUGUAAGAGUAAGAAUUACAAAGGAAAACGACUGAACUCUACGAGCGGUCAGAUAUUGACCGCUUUCAUUGCUCCUUUUCUCAUACCUUUAACUUCAGUUUUUCUUCUCAUAUAAAUUCCCAUACUUUUCCAGUAGCAACAUCGAGACUUUCAUAAGAAUCCAUAAAUGGGCAGAAUACGCUUAAAUUAGUUUUUUCUCAGUAUUUUGGGCUAGUUAAUGUUGUUCCACCUUAUAAAACCGAAAAGUCAGCUCAGAAAUGUCAGAUGUGAUAGAAAAGAAAACAUAUAUACUGUGUGUGCUGGAUGCCAUGAUUUACCUUGAGUUGAACAAAAGUGUGGCGGUGAUUUGUGUACUGUGAGCUCCCUCUGGUGAAAGGGAAGCAGUGCUGCAGCAUUACUUGAAAUUGUUUUUUAGAAGUUUUUAAAUAGACAAACAGAAGGCACCUUGUCAUAGCUUUCUAAUUGACACAGAUGCUCUACGUCAAGCAGAAAAACAUUACAUUUCUCAUCUGAAGAAGAGAAAAGUAGCAAUAACUUCAAUUUAACCCAAUAGCAUGGUGUUUAUUGCUAAAAUGAACCUAAGCAAGAUGUGUUCUUGCAACCUAUACAGGUGACAGUAUUUCCUGCCAGCUUGAGCUCCGUUUACAGUAUUUAUAUUUCAGGAAAACGUAUAUUUGUUUCUCUGAUGCGGAAUAUGCUUUGUAUUUUGUAGAGCGUACCGAUUUGAAUUAAGAAAAACUUAUUUCAAGCAAUCAAACACUUGCUUCCCCAACAUUGAAAAUGAACAUCCUUCGCAUUUCUGGCUGACUGAUUGAAGUUUGCGUGCGAUCUUGCAAAAGCCAUAAUAAGUGUAUGAUGCGCCCCCCCCCCCAUCCA